AAGUUACUUAUCACUGUGAUUAACGUUAGUUUGGUAUUCAGUAAAGUUUAAAAAAAAUGCCCGUGCCCCUCCCGGAAUCCGAUUCGGAAGAUGAACUGCCACCAGCCUGGGAGGAGCGAGCGACAAACGAUGGAUUCGUGUACUACGUAAAUCACCAAACCAAAACAACCCAGUGGACACAUCCAAGAACCGGAAAAAUGAAACGUGUCUCUGGCGAUCUCCCACUCGGCUGGAGCAAACACGUAGAGCAAGGAACGGGAAAGGUGAUUUUCGUCGACGACGCGACCCAGAGGAAAUCUUACACCGAUCCGCGCCUAGCAUUUGCCGUCGAGGAAACUCCCCAAGCAGUGGGAGAAUUGCGACAACGGUUCGAUUGUGGAACGAACGCCCUCCAAGUUCUGCAUGGUCGGGACCUGAGCGGUAAAGUUGCAAUGAUAACUGGAGCCAAUACCGGGAUAGGGUUUGAGACGGCGCGAUCACUGGCGCUGCACGGAUGUGAUGUCAUUUUUGCGUGUCGUAAUGAAUCGGCAACGAAGGAAGCAAUCGAUAAAAUAGUGAUUGAAAAGGAAGCUGCCGGUAAAAGAUGUAAAUUUGUGAAGCUAGAUCUAGCGAGUCUUCGAUCCGUUAGGGAAUGUGCUCAACAAGUGAAGACUCAGUAUAAGCAUUUGGAUUUGCUUAUCUUGAAUGCUGGAGUGUUUGCGUUACCCUACAGUACAACCGAGGACGGCUACGAGACUACAUUCCAAGUGUCGCAUUUGUCACAUUUUUAUCUGACCAAUCUUCUCGCAGAUCUGCUGGACCAUACAACGAGGGUUGUUGUGGUUUCAUCCGAAUCACAUCGGUUCAGUAUGCUACCAAUUGAUUUGUCCGAAAGUGAUCUUUCUCCGCCAGCAAACAAGUAUUGGAGCAUGAUGGCUUACAACAAUGCCAAAUUGUUUAAUGUUCUCUUCGCGUGUGAGUUGGCUAAGCGGUGGAAAAGUCGUGGAAUAUCGGUGUUUGUGUUACAUCCAGGCAAUAUGGUUUCAUCGCAGAUUGCACGCAACUGGUGGUUCUAUAAACUACUGUUUGCAAUUGUGCGGCCGUUUACCAAAUCUUUACAACAAGCCGCGAGUACCACAAUCUAUUGCGCAACAGCUCAAGAACUGAAUGGGUUCACCGGAUUAUACUUCAACAAUUGCUACGUCUGUGAUCCCAGUGGAUCAUCGAAGAGCGAACGUAUGCAGCAAAGCCUAUGGACACUGAGCGAGCAAAUGGUCGGUCGAGCAACGAAAUAAGGUAUGCACGCGUCAAGUUAUGGAUAAUUUUCAAUUUUCUGUUGCUUUGCCUAUUCUAAUAUUCAUAAAAGGUUCAAAGGUGUCCGGUAAUUAUUCAAGAGUUGCUUUUUAUUUUUUCCUAU